CCGAGCUACUCUCCCAGUCGCCUGAUGAAGCUACUGCAGGCAGCGGAAAAACCAACCUGGAAUUUAUAGAGCGAAUAUUGCAAUCUGGCAAUGCGGAAAUAGAUGGACGUUUUAUGUCACCGAGCUGGCAUUCCACUCCUGGACUGAAGACCCGAGAGUUAGCGCCAGAGAAAAAAGGAUUGCAAUUCAGAGACAUAAUAUUCAACUCUUCUUUUUCUAUUGUUUAUAGUGGUUCUUCUGUGUGUUAUUUAGUUCCAGUGGUAUAUAGCGCUAUACUUUCUGGUGCAUGGACAGACGCACAGAGGAGGAUCUGAAGACAUUUUGUUUUGUUAACCCCUAACCAUACAAAAGUGGGGUUGUAUUUUUUCCGGUGGAUCAAAGUAAAUUACUUUCAAAUCUUGCAUCAACAUGGACGUGUUGGCGAAUUACAGUAUUUUUCAGGAACUCCAACUCGUGCAUGACACUGGCUAUUUCUCUGCAAUGCCUUCGCUGGAGGAGAACUGGCAGCAGACGUGUCUGGAGUUGGAGCGGUACCUGCAGACGGAGCCCAAGCGUCUAUCAGAGCUGUUUGACGAGGAGCUCGACUGCCUCCUGACGCCUGCCUUCAUGCAGGGUGCUGACAGUGACCUGGUGGAUCCCCUGGACCCACUCCUCCCCAGCCUCCCCGACCAGCCCAGCCCCCCUCCCCUCCUCGUCUCCCUCCCCAAGGUCCUACAGGCCCCACACCUCCACAACACCAAGGCCUCUGAAAAAGAGUCUGGAGCAAAGACCACCAAGGAGGGGGUCAACGGGGUCAACGCUGCCCAGCUGAGUGCCGUCACCUCCCUCACGCCGCCCUCCUCGCCGGAGCUGGGUCGCCACCUGGUCAAGCCCACGCAGACUCUCACCGCUACAGCCGACGGCACGCUCACGCUCAAACUGGUGGCCAAGAAGGUUGGUCUGAACGCAGCCAAGCUGGUGGCCAUGCACGCCACGCUACCCUCGCCGCCCAGCAGGGGGGCACACAGUGACAGCGAGCAGGGGUCUGGUUCACUGGGGGGAGAUAUCCCUGAGAACAAGAAGAGAGUCCAUCGCUGCCAGUUCAAUGGUUGCAGGAAGGUUUACACCAAGAGUUCCCAUCUGAAGGCCCACCAGAGAACACACACAGGUGAGAAACCGUACAAGUGCUCCUGGGAGGGCUGUGAGUGGCGUUUCGCCCGGAGCGAUGAGUUGACAAGGCACUAUCGUAAACACACCGGGGCCAAACCAUUCAAGUGUAACCACUGUGACAGGUGUUUCUCCAGGUCAGAUCACUUGGCGCUGCACAUGAAGAGGCACAUCUAAGAGAGAGGGAGGAGGAGAGCGAGGAAGAAGAGCGAGAGAAGGGAGAUAGGAGAGAAGAAGAAGUAGGCAGGAGGGAAGACGAACACCAGCUCCAGCUCUCACCAUCCCGAAGGCUGCCCCUGCCACCUGAGACCUGACACUAGAAGCAUAGCAUGGGGGAUGACACGCUGGACGGAUGUAAGCCACGACCCGGGAUGGACCCAUGGUCGGCGAGGACAGAUGGAGGGAUGGAGGGAAAGAGAAGGAGGAGGAGGAGCUUGUUGUUGUUUUUUAAUUCACACUUCCGUGAUUCACACAUCUCUACUCAACAGUCUACAACUCUCUUUUAUUGCAUCCUCUGAUUAGCCAUGCCUUGGUCUGAUCCAAGCCUGGUAACUCAGACACUGCCAAACCAAUACGCUGAUCCAGUUACGACCCAUUUACACUCUACUGUUUAUUUUAUGUACAUUUAAACUAUAGAGCGACUUGGGAAAGGAGAUGGUUCACCCAGAAUAAACUGCUAAACUUUGACACGCCAAUCGUCAGUGACUUGCAGAAGCAACGAUGGGCAUCCCAAACCAACAGCAACUAUUGCCCAUUUUAUACUGGUGUGCUGUUUCCCAAUCCUAUCACAAUGUUUUAGGGGUGUCUCUACCCUCACCAAGCCGUGUGAAAUAACAACAAUGCCAGAAUAGUGAGAAGAGAGAGACCAAUGGAACUAGUGGCCAAUCCGUCAGUGUCGCCCCCUGUCUGUGGGAGGAGGGUCUGACACUUCAGAGAGUGAGCUCUGUGACCCUGAUGCGGACUUCUCAGGCUCUCCUGUAGGAGGCGCUCUGCUCUUCUCUCUCACCUUCACUCCUGCCACCUCACAGGCAUCAUCUAACAAAUGCGCAGCGACACUUUCUUGCCUUUGUUUUUUAAAGACAAUUAAUUAUUAUUAUUAAGAAUAAAGGUCUGUUUUCUCUCAGCUGAAAUGUCUUAAAAAUUCACUGAAGGAAAAAAACUAAAACAGUUUAUGUACAAACGAGGAACAAUGUGCACAUUCAAGGGAGGAACAACGAAUGAACUUUCCCCGACCCGUAUGCACAGGCUAAACUCAGUAGCCGCUAUCUAGCACUGAUAGCUAAGAAGAUGGAAAAACAAAAAAGAAAUCACAUGAACGCUGAAAGAAAAAGGAUUUGUAUUGUUGGCCUGAUAUGAAAGGAAAGGCCGUCUGUUUUCCACUCUGUGUUUUUCUCCGAUGCGAUCCAGCUGAAAACAAACCUUGGCGGGACCUUCGAGGCUUCAUCACCAAGCCAGGACCAGAACAGACACUGGAAAAUGUUUGCUUUGUUUGUGGAACUCCACCAUGGAAACCCCUAUCUCCUCCAGUAUGGAGGAGCCUGGGAGGCUGGUCUGCUGUGAGUACAUACCCUAUUUGGGAGACUAGGGACCUGAUAGGCUACUGGACAUGAAUCUGGGUAUUAGAAAGGACAACAUGGCCUCAUCAUUCCAGAGGGACUUGCCUGUUUCGUAUCCAUUGUCUGCACUGACUUUUUCAAUGUUAUCUGUGCUUUUUUUCAUACAGUACAACAAAAAAAACUAAAAAAAUUAUACAAAUAAAAAAGACUGCAUAAAAAUACUCAAAAAAAUACUACACAAAAAAAACGAUUCCGUCUCUCUCACACUCACACCGUACAGGCACGUAGACACACACCAACACACAGAACAGUUUCUUUGCUCAUGGCUCCACUUUGAGAUAAGGAAAGUAUAUCAUUGAGUUAAUGAACAGAGUUGGAAAGCAAAACACUGCAUGGCAGCUUCUCACACUCGGAUCGCUUCCCGGAAUCAUUUGUUCUGCUCCAAAUUUUUCACAGUAGGAUUUUUAGCGAUUGUUGUUUUGUAGAUGAAGAUCUGAUUCCGCUGGAGGUAACGGCUUUGAAGUGAGAAAACGAGCUCAUUCUCAUGUUCAAACAAUCUCAGUCUCUGUAUGUUAACAAUCAGCUUCAACAGCAUGGGACCAGAUUCCUCUGCCCCAGGUCUAUGAAGUCUUACAUAGCCUUGCAAUCAGGGCAUUAAUACCAAUACCACUGUCACUAUUACUGUACCCACCAACUUCCCCUCUCACAUAAACCCUGGCCUCCUCACAUCCGUUGUAAUGGCUGCUGUAUAAAAAAUAGAUGCCAUUAUUCUCUCUAUAGUAAUGUGUAUGUUUCAACCUUGCCAGACUCUCCUAGACGGUUCCAGAACUGCCCUCAGGGGGGCCGGUGGAGCUCAGAACAAUCGAUACCAAAAACCUCCAGCGCGGAACUGCCCUCGAGCCACGGGCAGGGUCUGGCACAGAACACAGCGGCAUCUGGGAAGCCGACCGUCUCCAUACUAGGCCUCUUAGCACCACCGCGGCAGCUUUCUCUACAAACACAAAACAAGUCUCUCGACAACAAGAUGAUGUAAAACAAGACAAGUCUCUCGACAACAAGACGAUGUAAAACAAGACAAGUCUCUCGACAACAAGACGAUGUAAAACAAGACAAGUCUCUCGACAACAAGACGAUGUAAAACAAGACAAGUCUCUCGACAACAAGACGAUGUAAAACAAGACAAGUCUCUCGACAACAAGACGAUGUAAAACAAGACAAGUCUCUCGACAACAAGACGAUGUAAAACAAGACAAGUCUCUCGACAACAAGACGAUGUAAAACAUGACAAGUCUCUCGACAACAAGACGAUGUAAAACAAGACAAGUCUCUCGACAACAAGACGAUGUAAAACAUGACAAGUCUCUCGACAACAAGACGAUGUAAAACAAGAGAUUGAAAUGAUCUUUGCGUUUUGAUUCCACUUUUUAGUUGGAACUUCUUCCUUGUUGUUUUGUUGUUGUUUUAACGCUGCAAUUAUUAUUUUUGUUGCCAUGGUGGAUGAUGCAAGGUCAUGCCAAAAUGUAAGAAAUGCAGGAGGGCGGGUUUUGAACGACCCCCCUUCUAUGUACAAUCAUGUAGGGUUUGUUUGUGGCACUUUGUGCAGGAUUCGCGAUGGUAUGUCUGUGUGUGUCCCAAUGCGAGCUAUAGCACGGCACAUCCGUUGGAAACAUUGUGAAUUUAAUUUGCGUUGUGAGAAAAAAUACUACUAGUAGACUGGUGGCCAAACUAACAGUGUGGGAGACUGGGAUUGUACUGUGUGUUGGUUGAUCCAUUCACUUUAACAGAGCUUUCAAUCUAUCUAGCAAUGGCUGACAAUAUUGCUUUUGUUUUGUUUUUGUUUCUGACAUUUUAUUUUCUCUUCAAAACACUCAAAUCACGUUAAUUUGGGAUCACAGAGCAGAACGAUGGAAAAAACAACUAGUAAAACUCAAACCAUACGUCAUGCACUUCAAUGGCCCCUCCAAUAGGUUCAAGCAAAUGAAAACUCUUAAAACACUCUUAUGUUCUAGCAGACGUUCACUUCUGGUUGGAGACUUUUCUACAGCUCCCACUGCAGCAAAGCCUGGAUAGAGUAAACAGGAAAUGGAUACAGCAGUCAUGGUCAUUUAGCCCAUAACAGGCCUACAUGCUAAAAAGAUAGCAGCACACAGUUUAAAUAUAUCCAAAUUAGCCCAACUUUAGUCCCCUUGCGUACACACUGACAGAUCUCAAACCCCACUUCAAAUGAAAAGUCCUAUUCUAUUUCUGUCCUGUGGCAUUCCCACCAGAAGUAGCUAGCUAGCCCUCUUGCCCUUUCCCUCGCCUGUUAAAACACUGCUUGCUGCCAUGGAGAUGCUCCUAUGUAGUUUCUUGGGCGCUAGUAUCCCACAGCUCUGAUUAGCAUUAGCGCUGCAGGCUGCUCUGUGGAGGCUCCUGUAGUCUCUCCAAUCGCACUCCACUAAUGAGAAAGGCAUUUGGUCACAGGGAAACAGAGGUCUAGGGGGAAAAAACAUAAGGGACCAUGAGCCAAAAUGGUUUCAUUUCAACGGUCCACAGUACUGUUACGAACCCAGUGGGCAAUCUGCCACAGAGAAAACAAGAGUACAUUAGCAGCAGCUUAUCGUAAAGCCAGAAAGUUAUUGAAAUUGAAGAGAUAUUUUUUUGACAAAGAUAAAAAUGGUUUACCCCCGGGAUUAACCAAAUGAUAAUGAAAUUAGUCCUGCUUUUUGUCUCAUGGAUUAGCGAUUUGAAAUGAGAUUUCGAUGAAUCCUACAGGUCCUUAUAGCCAUUUACAACAGAUCCCCCUCCACCGCCCUGCGCCUGCUCUCUACAAGUGCCAUUCUAAUAGCCCUCUAUCCAUCUUUCUCUCUCUCCCUCUCUAUCUGUCUCUCACUCUCACUCUCACUCUCUACAACCCCACAGCAGUGAUCCAUGCACAAUCAACUGCAGGAACGCUGAAUACACACCUAUACGCUUCCACCCAAAGAUUUUAGUAAAUUGCUGUGAAUGAAAAUAGAGAGAGAGAGAGAAUUAAAUAGUUUUACUGUCCACUACAAUUCCACCAUUAUUGUCCCCCCUCCCCAACCCUGACCCAACUUCUUCCCGCAUUGCAAUCUUGUCUGAUGUUCAGUGGCCGAACUCAUUGUCUGUUCAUGGUUGUAAAAUAUGGUCGUGUAGUCUCUUUAGGGUGCCCAAUUCAAGGGUGACUUAACUAGCACCCUACCAAUUCUAAUGUAGACUUAGUUUCCCAUAGCUUCUUAGUACAGUGCAAAAUAGUACAGUGGAGUCUAAUAUUUCAAACUGUCAUGUCUGAGGUGGAACAUCAAGUCUAUGUUAGGUUAAACGUUUGGAAAACCAUCCCGAGAACGAUGGCGUCAUACACCUACCUACCUUAAGCGUUCUCCAAACUUGAAGCCUCACACGUUCGGUCCCCAUGAGGUAGGGUUGUCGCUUUGGUGAGGCUUCUGGCAGCUUUGUAGAUACAUCUAGUAAUAGUUCUCCCACUCAGUGACUUCACAACGGGUAACAACAACAACCUAUAUAGGUGAACUUAAGGGGGGUUUUGUUCACUACUAGGCAACAGUGCUUCAGCAUUUAAACACAUACAUACAGCUCACACAAUCUUUUAAUGUUCCUGUUCUUCUAGAUUCCCAAGCAUACCAUUUCACUACAUUGACUUACUGUGCACACGCCAUAGUGUACCUAUUUACUUACUGCUAGUUUAGUCUGUUGGAACACUCAAAUGUCAAAUAUCCACUUAACAUAUUGUGACACUUCCUGAUACACUUAACCACAAUAACCAAUUAGAUGGUUUCUUUUUAGAUAUUAGCCAAUCAAACUGAUGGGUAACUACUAUAUUAUGGACCCUCCACUGUCAUCAACUGGGCAAUAGCAACUGGGCAUGUUCAUUACUGUCUACUUUUUAAGGGAAGGAGACGUCCUACUUUCAACAGGUGACUACUUUCUUCCUGAACUCAUGGUUCUUGUGGGUGCACCUGCAUCAGGGAGUGAGUCUGUAUCUGCUGUGUUUGUCCAUAUUUAAUGUGUCAGUAUAUAAGGGAUUGACAAAUCUCCCCCCUGUGUCUUUCUGUAUCCCUCCACCUCAUCCCCACUUUCCUUUCGUCCCCCAAUCCUACUCCAUCCAACUCUGGGGCCCAGGCAUCAUACUCUGAACAGUACAUAGAGGAAUAGACCCUGUGGGACUUUGUCCCCCUGAGAUGUUUUGUCCCCUCAGACUUGCUAGUAUCUAGUGCAGAGUACUCUAGAGUUCUAUUGUAUUCCCAAUUCUAGAAUCUAGAGUUCUAUUGUAUUCCCAAUUCUAGAAUCUAGAGUUCUAUUGUAUUCCCAAUUCUAGAAUCUAGAGUUCUAUUCUAUUCCCAAUUCUAGAAUCUAGAGUUCUCUUCACCCUCUGUCAAGUGGAGAGUCGUGGUUAGAGAGACAGCACCAGGAUGUGCAACUCAGUCAAAGGGCCAGCAAUAGAAAUGCAAUUACUAGAACGGACAUCCCUAUUCAAGUCAAGUCAUUCUAUUUCUAUGGUACCACCCACCCAGCCAACAACACACAUCAGUCUGAGAGCAGAGAUAAACCCCAAGGCUUUUCUCAGACCGUCAACAGUACAUCUGAGCCUCCACGUGGUAGUCUAGUCCCAGUCCAGCCUCUACACCUGGUCAGUCUGACAGUGGAACGCCUUUCCUAUUGUCACCUCUCUGUCAUUCAUUCCUUCUGCAGGGGCCCCAUAAUGCCAACAACACAAUCACCUCUCCUUCCUACCAGAGUCCUCCACUUCUCCAUCCAUCCCUCCCUCCCUCACUCCAUAAUGCCAACAACACCAUCACCUCUACUUCCUACCAGACUCCUCCACCUCUGCUCUGCAUCCAUCCCUCCCUCCCUCCAUAAUGCCAACAACACCAUCACCUCUCCUUCCUACCAGACUCCUCCACCACUCCCUCCAUCCCUCCUCCAUCCCUCCAUAAUGCCAACAACACCAUCCCCUCUCCUUCCUACCAGACUCUUCCACCACUCCCUCCAUCCCUCCUCCAUCCCUCCAUAAUGCCAACAACACCAUCCCCUCUCCUUCCUACCAGACUCCUCCACCACUCCCUCCAUCCCUCCUCCAUCUCUCCAUAAUGCCAUCAACACCAUCACCUCUCCUUCCUACCAGGAUCCUCCCUCCCUCCAUAAUGCCAACAACACCAUCACCUCUCCUUCCUACCAGACUCCUCAGCCUCCACUCCUCCACCUCUCCCUCACUCCCUCCUCACCCCUCCCUCUCCCUCCCCACCCCUCCCUCUCUCUCUCUCUCCCUCCUCACCCCUCCUUCUUUCUCUCUCCCUCCCUCCCUCCCUCCAUAAUGCCAACAACACCAUCACCUCUCCUUCCUGCCAGACUCCUCCGCCUCCAGUCCUCCACCUCUUCCUCACUCCCUCCUCCCCCCUCCCUCUCGCUCUCCCUCCGCACCCCUCCUUCUUUCUCUCUCUCUCUCUCUCCCUCCCUCCCUCCCUCCCUCCCUCCCUCCCUCCCUCCAUAAUGCCAACAACACCAUCACCUCUGCUUCCUUCCAGACUCCUCAGCCUCCACUCCUCCACCUCUCCCUCACUCCCUCCUCACCCCUCCCUCUCUCCCUCCUCACCCCUCCUUCUCUCUCUCUGUCUCUCUCCCUCCAUCCCUCCUCCCUCCUGCCAUUCCUCCACUUCUCCAACCACCCCUCCCUCACUCCCUCCUCACCCCUCCACUUUCCUUCCGCUUGCUGUCAUGGUCAAUUACUUUUUGGUUUUCUCUUUGGUUCUUUAUUUCCUGGUUUACAUUUUUUUCUGUACAAAGUGUUUAAAAUAUUAUUAUUUGUAUUAUAUGAUGUUAGUAUGGUAAUGUUCUUUAUUAAGGAAGAAGAAAAAUUUAUUUUUGUUACUGGUCUGUUUCAUAAUUCUUUUUUAAAUUGGUAUUGUAAGAUAUCUAUGCAAGAGCUGUUCAGUGGAGCAUUUUUAUUUAAGAAUGUCCUAUGUGUAAUAAAUGGUAGAAUCUGG